CCAUCUGCCGCUAACAGACAGCGUACACAACGCAGUGCAACGCGCAGCGCGCAGCGCACGGCACACGAUAGCGAGCGUGAUAGCGUCGACGCCGACGUCGACCUCGAAGCCAAGCCAGUGCGCAUCUUGCUCCCUUUGUCAGGGUAGCUCUUCAGCAGGGAGAGGUGAGGUGGCCGAUCGUUGCGCGUAUCGGAACGUGGCGUGGCGUGGCGUGGUGUGGUGUGGCGUGGUGCGGCGUGGCCGAGGUGUGUGCACCAGAAAGAAUCGCGAGGACACCUCUCCCGGUUCUCCUCAUUUCCGGUCUCGACGACGCCGCGCGUAAAACACCGCACGCAUCGAAAUGGGAACGACGAACGCACAAACCAAUUCGGGACAUGCGAGCGACGAGGCACACUCGAGGGGAGGCUCGAUCGACACGUUCUUCGCCGAGACGGUGAUCCUCCUGACCGGCGCUACCGGCUUCCUCGGGAAGGCCCUUCUGGAGAAGUUGCUGCGCUCGUGUCCCCGCGUGGCCACGAUUUUCAUUCUGAUCCGUCCGAAGAAGGACCAGUCCGUCGAAGAGCGCUUCAAGGAACUAUUGGAGAACCCUGUCUUUGACAGGAUACGAUCGGAAUUUCCUGCCGCCCUCAGCAAGAUCUUCCCCGUGAAGGGUGAUGUGGGCCUGCCGGAGCUCGGGCUCCAACCCGCGGACAAGGAUCUCUUGAUCCAGAGAGUUAAUAUCGUCUUUCAUAGCGCGGCCACGGUGCGCUUUGACGAGCCGCUAAAAGUGGCGGUUAAUCUCAACACACGGGGCACGGAUCGCAUGUUGGAUUUAUGCAAGCGCAUGACGAACCUCAUCAGCGUCAUUCACGUCAGCACAGCCUACAGUAAUGCCGAUCGACGAGAAAUCGGAGAGUUGAUAUACACCACACAGGUGAAACCGUACACGGUGAUCGACAUGUGCGAAAAUUUAGAUGACGAGACGAUAGAAAUAAUAGAGAAGAGAUUGAUCGGCAAGCAUCCCAACACGUAUACUUUGACCAAGGGUCUGGCGGAGCAGAUCGUAAUGUCUAAAGGAAAGGGUCUACCGAUUGCGAUCGUACGACCAAGUAUCGUCUGUGCUGCGUAUCAGGAACCAUUUCCGGGCUGGAUAGACAACGUCUGCGGUAUUACAGGUAUAAUGACGGAGAUAGGUAGAGGCACCAUUCGAAGUAUCGUGUGUGACGCAAACUUAGUAGUAGACGUUGUACCUGUCGAUUUCGUGGUCGAUACAUUGAUCUGCGCGUCCUGGCAUAAUGUCAUGCAACAUACAGAUGUGAUUAAGAUUUAUAAUUGCACCAGCAGCGUGGUGCAUCCUAUCACAUGGCGCGAAUUUGGAUAUCUCACGAGAAAACAUGCUAUAGAAUCCCCGUCAAAGUACGUGAUGUGGUAUCCGGAUUUCACGUUUAGGACAAAUAAAUUUAUUCAUGCUAUCAUGGUAGCUACAUUGCACUUUUUGCCCGCGUUCAUCGUAGACCUUAUAUUAAGGGUACAAGGCUGCAAACCAAUAAUGAUGAAAAUUACCAAACGAUUCGAGCGCGCCGCUAAAACCGGCGAGUUCUUCGCGAUGAAUGAAUGGAAAUUUUACGCGGAGAAUAUGACGAAGCUGGUGAAAUUUGUGAAAGCGUCGGAAGGCUGUAAUGAUUUCAAUGUAGAUAUCAAAAGUUUAGAUUGGGAUACGUAUUUGCAUCAGUACAUGCUAGGAAUUAGAAAAUAUAUUUUGAAGGACAAUCCAGAUACGUUAAAUAAAGCUCGGAACCGUUUAUCGAGGUUGUAUUGGAUGCACAAGCUAUCCAAAGUAUUCAGCAUAUUCGUGUUACUAGGAAUGAUCAAAUGUGCCGGUCGGUGAUGUCAUCGAAAAUUCUUCGAACGCUUCCGGAUCGGGAUUUGCGUGAACCGAAACGCGCUGCAAAAGUAUUACGGAAAAAGAUAUUUUAGGAGGGGAAUGUAACUCAUACUUACAUCUCGAAAACUAACUUUUGUGUCAAGAGAGUACUAAUAUAUGAUAUAUAUAAUGGAGAGUACUAAUUAAAUCUCAAGUAUGUAAUACUAACAGAAGAGAAGGAAAUCGUAUCCUUCCUUGUCAGCGAGAAAUUAUCACGUUAUUGUAAACAGUUGUCAUAAAAGACUUUGUAUUAUUUUAGAUAAUUGUAACUUCAAGGUUGCGGAUAUAUCUGAGAAUUCAAGCUGUAGAUUUUUCACUAAUCGCUAUGCAUCGUUUCUUCUACCUGUAAAUUGUGUUUAACUAGUUCUGAUUCAAUCUUUUUGCUUCGAACUUUAUGAUAUCGAGAUAUCACGGCGGAACGAUUUUCCCCGAACGUUAUUGGAUCAGUUACAUAUCAUAUUAUUACAGCAUACGCGAAUUAAAUUUUAUACGGCACAAUAGCCGAAGUUUUAUGAUACACGACACUUUACAUUUGCAAAGACUGACUUCAAAUGAAAUAUUCUAAAAAUAAUACAAACCAGAGGACCUAUACUGUGUUGCCUUAUUAAGAUCAAUAUCAUGAAUAUGAAUAUCGAUAUUAAUACAAAUUUAUUUUUGCUAAUCCAAAUAUACUCUUAUAGUAAUGAUGAUCGAAUAAAUCAAUAAAUUCUAUUGUAUCACACUUAUAUACAACUUAUAUACAAACACAUAACACACACACACACACACACACACACACACACACUCUUAGAUUUACACAUACGCGGGAAUGCGAAUGAAGUAGUUAAUAUUCAUUCCUUUGCGAAAAAUAAAACUGGGGAACUGUAAACGGCUGUGACAUAAAACGAUCACGCAUGAGAGCUCGUUACAGCUCGCGUUGACUAAUUACAGAGCUGAUAAAACAAACGCGGCAGCUAGAAACUCUAAACAAAUAUGGGGUUGUAAAAUUUUAUGUAUAUCUGUAAUACGAUGAACGAAGUAGUAAAUGUGUAUCCAGUGUGUAUAUAUUUGCAGUUGAAUUCCGAUAUAGGAUAUUAUGUACAGAUUAUUUAUCGAGACGACAUCCCUCGAGAACUCAUAAAUAGUUUUUCUGUGUAUUUCUUAUUUUAAAAGUCCAUUCUCGCACGUAACUGAAAUUAUAUAUGGCCAUUAUUACACAGAAGAUUGUUAAAAAAGAAAUUUACAAAAAACUUUAUCUGUUUAAAUAUCAAAUAUAUUUACGGCAUGUAAUGUUGUAAGAAUGACAAUAUUACAAAUUUUAUUAAUUCUCAAGACUAAUGUUUAAUGUAUAGCAAGUAUAUUAUUGAGCAUAAAACUGUUUAAGCACAUAACUAUAUUUUUUCGCGUAAUAAUGUACCAUAAUUAACUCUCGGCAAACUAAUGGAAUACACUAUUAUUAUUAAUGAGCGAUUUCAUAUCUACGUUUUUAUAUAAAUCAAUGUAUAUUGUAUACUUUUAUCAAGUAUCAAACAUAUACAAGACAGAUUUAUAAUUACAUAAAAGAUAUUUGUAAA